AUGACUUCGACAGAGCUCAAAAUCAGCUACCCCACUAAAGCCGUACACAGCGCCGUCAAAGCAGCCAAGGACACCGAUGAACGUGCACCUCAGAGGAUGAACGGCGGGCUUAUAGAAGCCGCAAACACCGGUCAAGCUUUACCUGACAUGGUGCAAAAGCUUCGCAUUGCGGCAAGGGAGAUUGUUCUUAUAAGCGACGCGGGGAGUUCGGUACACCAAGCAGUCAUUCAACCCGCGCCAUCGCCCCCAAUCGCAGGCGACUAG